AUGAUUUGUUUCGCUGGGAAAUCGUCCACUUGCUUGGUCCUUUUGCCGUUUGUCGUCCUAACGAGCUUCUGCUCAUCCAGCUUCGGCGCGGUUCCCAAAUACCGACCCAUCCAUCGUUCGUGCGGCGUGGCUGCGCCCUCGGAAGACCUUGUUUCCACACACCGAUAUCUGCAAGAACACGAGCCCCUAGAGAACGACCUAUGGAACAGUUCUCUCGUCGCUGCCCGUCAUUCCUCCAGCCAUGAACGCCGCCAAACCUUGUCUCCCUUGUACACGAUCGACACGUACCUGCACAUCGUCUCGGAUACGGCCAGCGCGUCGUCCUCGUCGCCGAACUACGUGACAGACGGCAUGAUCCAGAACCAGUUCAUCUAUCUCGCGCGGUCGUACACCAACGCGUCGAUCGGGUUCCGCCUGGCGGGCGUGACCCGGACGACGAACGACACGUGGGCGAGCAACGGGGACGACGUCGGCAUGAAACAGGCGCUGCGCCAGGGGACCUACUCGAGCCUGAACAUCUACUACCAAUCGCUCCUGCAGGCCGGCAGCAACACUCCCGGGGUCCCCGCGGGCAGCACGCUGCUGGGUUUCUGCUCCUUGCCCGCCGCCGGGGUGACUGCGACGACACCGCGGAGCGUGUAUGUCGUCGAUGGGUGUAAUGUGCUGAGCGGGACAAUGCCAGGAGGGAACAUGCAGGGUUACAAUCUGGGAGGCACAACGGCACACGAGGUGGGCCAUUGGAACGGGCUGCUGCACACGUUCAAUGGGAACAGUUGCGAUGCCUCUGACUGGGGGGAUUAUGUGGCGGACACGCCGCAGGAGAUGACCAGCACAAACGGCUGUCCUGUCUACAAAGACUCGUGUCCCAACUCGGGCAUCUCAUCCACCGCGUACACCGGGCUGUCCAGCCAGGGAUCGAACCCAUACGGUCCGCAGGGCUUUUCAGGGCUCGACCCGAUCCACAACUUUAUGGACUACUCGAGCGACGCGUGCUAUACGGGGUUUACGCCGGGUCAAGGGGCCAGGAUGCUGAAUGUGUGGAACAUCUAUCGGGCUGGGCUGUGA